AUGGACCUAGCCGGAAGGGACCUCACCUGGUACAUGAUGAGGAUCCUCAAAGAACAGGGCUACUCUUUUACGACGACAGCAGAGAUGGAGAUCAUACGGGAUAUCAAGGAGAAGCUAGCCUAUGUUGCACUUGAUUUUGAGCAGGAAUUGCAAGAAUCUGAGACCAGCAACAAGUUCGAGGAGUUAUAUAUGGUGGGUGCGAUAAUGUCUGAAAGAGAUGUGGGAGGGGAGGAGGGAGGGGAAAGGAUGAUUCGCGGCAAAAUAUUUACCGACGUAAAGGAACAUUCACGCGACACGCAACAUGUUGAACGCGAAGUCAGCGUAGUACUACUAAUGUGAGACAGAGUACGCUUUCGCUUUUCCUUUCCUUUUCGCUUUGAUUAAACGAUUGUCACGACAGGCUGUCUUUGAAAUCCCGAAAAGAAACAAGUUUUGAUCAAAAUAUGUAAGCAUUUGUUUCAUGUGAAAUGCAGCAGGUUUUGAAGCGGAGCAAAAGGAACAGUUGUCAUCGGAUUAACUUUAACCGACAUGGGAAUAACUGGCCCCUCGUUUUCACGACCUUAGUGAAUUACUGUUCUUGGUAACUAGGUUUCGUCAGUGUAGUUUACAGAAGAUUACACCAGAAUGGCUUCUGUUAAAACUAGGUUUACUGUGGUAUUAUUUACUAAGGCCUUCCUACUUCUCGCAUCUCUGUUAUAUUAAAUUAGUCACGCAUACGUGGCGGCCAAGUUCACAAAAACAGAUCUUAACUACAACUCAAACGAUUAUACUGCGCUUGUUUCUUCUUUUCCAGCUCCCAGACGGCCAGUCUAUACGCUUAGCAAGCGAGCGGUUUCGAUGUCCAGAAGUACUGUUCAAUCCCAGCAUGCUUGGUAGGGACAUUGUUGGAAUUCACGAGUCUAUCUUCAAAUGUAUCACUAAAUGUGACGUGGACAUCAGAAAGGAAUUGCUUGAGAACAUUUUGUUAUCAGGUGAGAUAGGUCAUUCUUUGAGUACUAACACUGCUUAUGAAUUGCCAGCCAGUAAUACUUAAUGAACCCUUGCUUCCAUCUGAAUCAUAUCAGGGAGAGAGAGGUUGGGAAGUCUUACGUCGGUUGUCUUAUUAACUGUAGGGCGACCCCAGGAGUUGGAGGUACUCCUUAUAAUGGCCAAUACGGGGAGGCUCCGCCCUAAAGGAGUAGAGAUUUCGUUGGUUGAAUCAUAUGAAAGGGUAGGGUGUGUCUAAAAGGGUUAACAAGAUGCUACGCUCGCUCCGCAGAAACUAUUGAAUGGGACCUCUAUCAUAGCUUCAGCCGACUUUCUUUACUCUCGGUGCGUGCAGUGACGGUGAAAGUGACAGAAAAAGAAAAACAGCUUGGCUUUCAGAUGAAGGACACAUUUUUAAUACCACUCAAUAGUCUGUCAAGUGUCCUGUUACUAGGGCGGACAAUACGCUGCUAUAGAAGCUCUGGCAAGUCUCAUUUCUUCCCUUUUUCAGUAAAGCAGCUAGUAAUAGUGCCUUUCAAAUUUGACUUUUGCAGGCGGCAGUACCAUGUUACCUGGGCUAGAACAAAGACUUCAUAAGGGGAUUUUUACGCUAGUCAAUCCACGUGACCCAGGACGCGUCAAGGUCAUAAGCCCGGAUGACCGGAAGUACGCCGUGUGGAAAGGCAGUGCCGUGCUUGCUGGACUGUCGACUUUCCCUCAGAUGUGCAUUUCAGUUCAAGAGUAUGAUGAGAUGGGUCCAGACAUUGUUCAUAGAAAAUGUUUUUAA